GGAAAUGACUUCACGGGAGGGUCAGAGGUCGGCACGGUGAUGGCGCAGCGCAGCCCGAGUUUGAGCGUGUGAAACCUGCCGCUAGACAUGCCGGCCACUUGUGAUUCGUUAAUAGAAGACAUUGAAGAUAUUGUGUCAGCACAAGAUCCCAAACCACAUGACCGACUGUUUGUGAGGAAGAGCAUUGUACCUCAUGUUAGAAAGAGAAAUAAGCUCAAACAGGAUGGGUGGACUGAAGAUUUACAAGCUGAUAGUGUUAUUCCUGGUACACAGAAAAUUUGGGUGAAGACUUGGGGUUGCUCACAUAAUAAUUCAGAUGGCGAAUACAUGGCGGGUCAACUAGCUGCAUACGGGUACAAAAUUACAGAAAAUUCAUCCAGUGCAGAUUUAUGGCUGCUGAACAGUUGCACUGUAAAAAACCCAGCUGAAGAUCACUUCAGAAACUCAAUUAAGAAGGCUCAAGAGCAAGAUAAAAAAGUGGUAGUUGCUGGAUGUGUACCUCAAGCCCAGCCACGGAUGGACUACCUUAAAGGAUUGAGCAUUAUUGGGGUUCAGCAAAUAGAUCGUGUAGUUGAAGUUGUGGAAGAAACAAUUAAAGGUCACUCUGUGAGACUGCUGGGUCAGAAAAAGGAAAAGGGAAAGCGGUUGGGGGGAGCUCGACUGGAUUUGCCAAAGAUUAGGAAAAAUCCUUUGAUAGAAAUCAUUUCCAUCAACACUGGAUGCCUGAAUGCUUGUACAUACUGCAAAACCAAACAUGCAAGAGGAGACUUGGCCAGUUACUCUGUGGAAGAGCUGGUAGACAGAGCCAUCCAAUCAUUCCAAGAAGGUGUCUGUGAAAUAUGGCUGACAAGUGAAGACACGGGUGCUUAUGGAAGAGACAUUGGAACAGACCUUCCAACGUUGCUUUGGAAACUGGUAGAAGUGAUUCCUGAGGGAGCAAUGCUUAGGCUCGGAAUGACCAACCCUCCGUACAUUUUGGAGCAUCUUGAGGAAAUGGCAAAAAUUCUCCUCCAUCCUAGGGUGUAUUCCUUUCUUCAUGUGCCAGUGCAAACUGGAUCAGAUAGUGUGCUCAUGGACAUGAAAAGAGAAUACUGCAUAGCAGACUUUAAACAAGUGGCAGAUUUCUUGAAGGAAAGGGUGCCAGGAAUUACAAUUGCCACGGACAUUAUCUGUGGCUUUCCUGGAGAGACAGAAGCAGAUUUCAAAGAAACGCUGAAACUGGUACAGGAGUACAAAUUUCCGAGCCUAUUCAUCAAUCAGUUUUACCCACGUCCUGGAACUCCGGCAGCCAAGAUGGAACAAGUACAUGCUCAAGUGAAAAAGCAAAGAACCAGGGAGCUCUCCCAGUUGUUUCAGUCAUAUACCCCAUACGAUCACAAGAUGAGCUUGAACAGCAAGUAUUGAAACUCCUGUCUGCUGUGAACUUUCUGCUUGGGAGAGACCUUGCUGAUGCAGGAUGACCACCUUGUGUCUUGUUGCUGUGCUCACUCUUGACAUCAUGUAAGAAUUAAUGAUUUGAAAGUUGAACUGUCACUUCUGUCACACCCGUUUCCGUUUCAGUUAAUCAGUUUAGUUCAUCCAACUCAUUAUGAUUAUUUACAUUUUGUUUGUUAGCUUUGUUUAAGCAUGGACUAAGCUAUAUAUCUACAAAGUAAUCGUUUAUUACUUAAUAUAUUACUUUCUUUAAUGAAAUACAAACAUUUCUCUGUAACAUUUAAUUUUUUUUGGAAAAUGAAUGUUUAGGAAUCUAAAAUUUGCUCUUUUCUACCGAUGCUGUCAUGCAGAAGACAAAAAAUAAACAUCUAAGACGAAAUUUAGAUUAUAAAAUAUCUCGGGUGUCUAAGAAUGUACUUGUAACUUUGUGGUGCCCCUUGAAACAUAUUCUUGCAUUGAAGGUGAAUUAUAAUCACAAGUAGUUGUUUUUACAGCAGGCAAAGUAUCUGCAAACGAAAAGCCCAAUUACAGAUCACUGUUCAUUGACCUCUGACAUUUGGCAUUCAGUCACUAGAGAAGUUGACAGUCGAUUAUGUUACACUGAGUGUAGGGGAGCUUUUCAUUAUCUGUCAGUUUACGUUAUCAAUCAAAUGGAGGCAGCAUUGUUUGUGUUACACCAGUUGAUUAAACUUUCGCUGUAAGAAUAAAUAGAAUCUGCUGGAGGAGUAUAACAUUUACACUUACUUUCCAAAGGUAGUGCUCUUAAACAGGACCCUCUGCAUGACGUCCUGUUACCUGUUCAUGAUUUUCCUCCAGUAGUUACAGUUCUAGGUCUCUGAAAUGAUAAAAAUAGUUUCAGGUAUUUACAUGCCCACUGCCAGCUUUGCCUACACUUUGGUAAAAUUUUAAAAAUCACUCUGAGCCAUCCAAAUCCACUGCUGUUGGUUUCUAAGUUCAGUGGCUCUUCAACAAGUCAUUUCAAAUCUCAUUCAAGCAGGAUGCUCCAUUUAAAAUAGUUAUAACGUGUACCCAGCCCCCUCAGAUUACAAAUAGAUGAAAUGACCUUCACAGACAGCAAAAAGGAAAACAAUUCUGUUCAGAAGCAGGAAUCAAUAGUGGUUCGCAGUAUGAAGCAAGACUGCUUGUUUGAUCAAGAGCGGGAAAAAAACUGCAGUAUUUACUAUACAAAACAUGAAAAUAGCACUUUAAAAGCAGCAAUUACCUUAAGGAACACACACAAAAUGCUGGAGGAACUCAGCAGCAUCCAUGCAAAUGAAUCCGAGACCUUCUUUCGGGACCGCUUUCCUUAAUUACCUUAAGCUUUGGAAACAUCCAGAACAUGAUUGAAGUUAUUGGAAUCAUCAAAGGAAGGAGCCUAGUCAUGGGUGUUUACUUUGUCCAGGCCAAAAUUUAUCCCUCAAUAUUGCUAAUUUAAUAUAAUGAACUUGUUUCUCUAAGCGUUGUUAAAAUACUUGCUUAAAAUAUGUUGGAAUUCUGAGUUUCAAAAUGAAAGAAUAUUGCAUUCCAGCUUUGAUGCUUGUUUUUUUUUGAUGUAGCUGACGUACAAAGUUGUUCUGAUGAGAGAAUUGGUCA